AUAACAGAAGAUUUCCUGGCAACAUAUCAUGCCAACUAUGGCUUCAAUGCAGAUGAUAUAGACAGUUCAUCUGCUUCUGGCACAGCAACUGAAAGUAAGCAACCAGUAAGUUCUAAGACAUCAGGAACGCAACCAUCAGCAAAUGAGAAAGGACCACAACAAACAGAUCCAAAACAAAAAGCAGAAAAACGGAAGCUUGAGCCAGGUUGGUUUCAUGUUGAAGAAGACAGAAACACAAAUGUUUACGUGACUGGUUUACCUCCAGACAUUACAAAAGAUGAAUUUAUACAAGUCAUGUCAAAAUGUGGCAUUAUUAUGCGAGAUCCUCAGACAGAAGAACACAAAAUCAAACUGUACAAAGAUAAGGAAGGAAAUCUUAAAGGAGAUGGUCUCUGUUGCUAUCUAAAGAGAGAAUCAGUUCAACUUGCACUGAGACUUCUGGAUGAGGCAGAAAUUAGAGGCUAUAAAUUGCAUGUUGAAGUUGCAAAGUUUCAACUGAAGGGGGAGUAUGAUGCAAGCAAAAAGAAGAAGAAAUGUAAAGACUACAAGAAGAAGUUGUCUCAACAGCAGAAACAGCUGGAUUGGAGGCCUGAGAAGAAAGAUGGCGCAACUCGAAUGCGACAUGAACGCAUCGUUAUUAUCAGGAAUAUGUUUCACCCAAAGGACUUUGAGGAGGAUCCCUUGGUGCUAAAUGAGAUCAGAGAAGAUCUGCGGACAGAGUGUGAAAAGUUCGGUCAAGUGAAGAAGGUUCUGAUAUUCGAUCGACACCCUGAUGGCGUGGCUUCUGUGUCAUUUAAAGAAGCAACAGAAGCUGAUCUGUGCAAGCUAACUCUAAAUGGAAGGUGGUUUGGUGGCCGUCAGCUGAGUGCUGAAACAUGGGAUGGUGUAACGGAUUAUCAGGUGGAGGAGACUGCAAGAGAAAGGGAAGAAAGGCUCAAGGUGUGGGGAUCAUUUUUAGAGGAUCCUGAUGCAAAGGAGCAGCAACCUACAUCUGAUUCGGAUUCUGCAACAAGUAGCGUUAAACUGCCUGAAGGCAGACAACCUUCAAGAGUUAAUGACACAUCUAAGGAUGUAAAUGAUGAAGCCCAUAAGAGGGAGAAUAAUGGUGAGGGCAUUAAUGAAGAUGGUGCUCCAUCUACAGACAGCAGCCUUGCAGGCAGUGAUGUUGAAGCAGAUACAUAACAUCUUUAAUGCUUUAUGAAAGCAUGGUUUUUAGGGUGAUGUUUGAGUUUAUCCCUCUCUUCAGGGUGACUGCAGACAAUGUUCGUAUGAAUAUAUGCAUAUUAGAAUGUCAUCAACUGUGUGCUUUGAAGUUUUCAUUAAAAGCAGUAUUUAAUGAGAUUCUAAAAGUUUGUAUUAAUUGGCUGUUCAGGUAAAGUAACUCAAGUUGCCAAGAAUGCAGUAAACUCAUCAGGCUUCUUCUGUUCUAACUAUGCUUGUCAGUGUUCCAUUAUGUAAGUGUGAAAUAUGUUCCAACCCUUAAGUUUAUGUAACUAUAUGUAACUUAAGUAAUGCAAAGCUAUUACAAGAUCUGUGGAUUUUACUGUUAAUUUUCCUGUACCCCUUGGAACUUG